AUAUUGAUCUAGCAAACAGAAGGAACGUACCUGUUUUCCUAGACGUUUAUCCAACGUAUAUUGAUUUCUCCUUAAUUAAACUGACGACCAGAAUACAUUUUGAGUUUGAUAAACAAUGGGGAAACGGUAUUACUGUGACUACUGUGACCGCAGCUUUCAGGACAACCUCCACAACAGAAAGAAGCACCUAAACGGCGUCCAGCAUCACCGGGCGAAGAAAGCCUGGUUUGACAACUUCAGAGAUGCUGCCACACUUUUAAACGACGAGCGAUCGAAAGAAGUCUGUAGAAAGUUUGUCCAGACAGGACAUUGUGUGUUUGGUACGAGUUGUCGAUUUUCACACAUGUCUGAGAAGCAAAUGAAGAUGCUGGAGCAGAAGAUUGAUGAUGAAAAGCGUCAGAAGGAAGAUCCUGACCAGGAUGGAUCAUCUGAGCGCAGCGUUGAUGAAUGGCUCUCCAGAAGAGAGAAGAAACUGGCUGCUUUGACAUCAGGAAGAGUUUUAAGGAUGGAAGAGGAAGAAUGCACAGAAAACAUUGAGAUACCUCCUUAUUUGCUAUCUAUUCCAGAUCUUCCUCCAUCUCUCCAUCCUCCACCUGCUGGUGGUUGGAGAGUGACGGUGCACAACGAAUGGGGUUGAAAUUAAAUGUAAAAUCCUUUUAUUUAAUGAUUUUUUUCCUUUUAGACCAUGCUGCUCACUGUAAUCUUUACAAAGGCUUUUUAUAUAUCAAAAACAUUGUACAUAUUUCUAUCCAAACAAUUGCAUGCAUAAUAUAUUUGUGUAAUAGGAAGCAUGUCUGCAUGACUGAACAAGUUUACAUUUUAUAUAAACACUCUCAAUAAAUACAGUGCAUUUAACUUCA